AUGCCUCGUAUACGCUACGCAUCCUUCUUGCGCGUGGUUGUCAUAGCUGGUCUAUUCUGUGUGUGGGUUCAGAUUAUGCUGGCUGCUACCAAUGGGGCGAUGGACAAAGAUGCCGAAGAGCUGAUGAACUCCAACGACACGUCUGAACAAGUCCUGGCGCUGGUGCCGCCGGAACUACACAAGUAUCUGACCGUCCAUUCCAAAAAUACUACUGGUAAUUCGACAGAGCGCUUCAGCCCAAAGAAUAUAACGGAGAUGCGAAAAGCGAUUGAGAGGAUCAACGAGGCGCAGACGAUAUACAACGAAGAUAUAUUUGGACCAGUACAAAAUGAUACUAUCAUCAUAGCCAUACAGGUUGGUAUAGCUUUUCAUAUUUGGUUAUGUAGAGAGGAGCUUGUACGGUGGAGGCAAGCGUUAGAUAAGGAUAGAUAG